AAGGUCAAUGAAGUGAUGAAGGAGAAUUCCGAUCCACUGACACGCAGCACAAUGAUGAUGUCACUGAUUCUACUGCUGGGAACACUGGGACUCCUUGUUCAGGGAGAGACUGUCUCUAUCAGCUGUACAGCCAGUUCAAGUACGGGUAAUAAUCUCCACUGGUACCUGCAGAAACCUGGAGAAGCUCCUAAACUCCUGGUUUAUGCUGCUACAACCCGUCAGUCUGAGAUUCCAGGUCGUUUCAGUGGGAGUGGAUCUGGUAGUUCAUUAACUCAUUACACUCUGACCAUCAGUGGAGUCCAGGCUGAAGAUGCAGGAGAUUACUACUGUCAGCAGGGUGGCAGCUAUCCGUACACUUUUGGUGGAGGCACUAGACUGGAUGUUGGAAGUGACGUUCGUCCCACCCUGACAGUCCUGCCCCCCUCCAGUGUGGAGCUGCAGCAGGGGAAGGCCACUCUCAUGUGCCUGGCCAACAAGGGCUUCCCCUCAAACUGGAAGCUGAGCUGGAAGGUGGACGGUAGCAGCAGCAACACCUGGGAGGUGACCGGGAGCCCCGGGGUCCUGGAGAAGGACGGCCACUACAGCUGGAGCAGCACCCUGACCCUCCCUGUUGAUCAGUGGAAGAAGGUGGGCUCUGUGACCUGUGAGGCCACCCAGGGCUCCCAGUCUCCUCUCGCUGAGACACUGAAGAGAGACCAGUGUUCUGAUUAAUGAGCCCCCCCCCCCUCUGACUCCACUUUUUUUUACUCUGUUCUGCACUCAGCAUCUCUCCUUACUGAUCCAGCAGACCACACUGGUCUGGUUCUGGGCUGGGCCUUUCUCCAGAAUAUCUGUCUGAUUCUGAUGUCAUAGUUCUGCUUGGCUUUCUUACAUUUGUUAUAAUCUUUAUUCCUGUAAUGCUGUUGGUUCUGACAUGCUGAGAUAAUAAAUACUUUUCCCAUCCUUAA